AUGUCGAGUCCAGUCAACCCAAACAAUGACCCCAACAUCGGUUCAUCCCGGGGCAAUGCCUCCUCCACCUCGGGCCAGAUCGCCGGCGACCUCACCGGCGAUGGUGGCUCGUCGGCCUCGGCUCUGACGAUGACCCUGAUUCCGGCCUUGAUCUAUGCGCUGUUUUGGUUUGCUCUCUUCCUCCUUUUUCGACGAACACAGCGUCGAUGGUACGCUCCACGAUCUCAUUUACCCGAUCUACAUGAACACCAACGGAGUCCCGAAUUGCCUUCGGGAUGGGUCAACUGGUUCGGCACAUUCUUCAAGAUCGAAGACAACCAUGUACUACAUCAUUCCUCUCUCGAUGGGUACCUCUUUUUGCGCUUUCUGCGAGUCCUCUGUGCGAUAUGCUUCUUCGGCUGUUUGAUUUCAUGGCCGAUUCUGCUGCCCAUCCAUGCCACAGGCGGCGCUGGCAACACCCAGCUCAACAUGCUCAGUUUCAGCAACGUCACAAACCCUACCAAAUAUUACGCAAACGUGUUUGUGGCCCUGGUAUUCUUCACGUUCGUGUUCUAUAUCGUUGUCCGAGAGAGUCUCUACUACGCACAUCUUCGCCAGGCCUACCUAAACUCACCGGCCUACGCUUCUCGAAUCUCCUCGAGAACUGUCCUGUUCAUGUCUGUACCGGAUGACUACAAAAAUGAAAAGAAGCUGCAGCAGGUAUUCGGCGACUGCAUUCGUCGCGUUUGGAUCACAUCGGACUGCGAAGAGCUGGACAAGCUCGUCGACGAGCGAGACAAACUGGCCUUCAAUCUUGAAACUGCGGAAACGAAGCUGAUUCGACGAGCGAACAAAGCUCGAAUUAAGACUCUCCGGACUGGGGAAUGUUCAUCGGACACCUGCCUCGACUGCGAGUCAAGCAAUCCUGCCGGCUCCCACACAGUCAAGCGACCGACACAUCGACUGAAAUUUAUUUUUGGCAAAAAGGUGGACUCGAUUCACUGGUACCGAUCGGAACUGGUUAGAGUGACUAAAGAGGUGGAGGCCCUCCAACGAAGGCACCAAAAUGGCGAAGCCAAACAGCUGUCCGCGAUGUUUAUCGAAUUCAAUUCCCAAUCCGACGCCCAGAUUUCCCUGCAAACCCUUGCACACCAUCGACCCUUCCACAUGGCACCUCGCUUCAUUGGGGUAUCUCCGCGGGAAGUUGUCUGGGGGGCGUUAAAUCUAAGCUGGUGGCAACGAAUUGUCCGGAGAUUUGCUGUUCAAGGAGCCCUUGGAGCUCUGGUGAUCUUUUGGUCAUUCCCGGCGGCCAUUGUGGGGACCCUCUCGAACAUCACCUAUCUUUCCAACUUGAUUCCGUUCCUCCGGUUUAUCCGUCACCUGCCCAAUCUGGUCAAGGGGGCCAUCGAAGGUCUACUGCCCUCCGCGGCUCUUGUGGCCUUGAUGUCGUUGGUGCCGAUCAUCUGCCGAAUUGGCGCAAAGCGUGCCGGCGUGCCGUCGUUGGCGCGGGUUGAACUGUUCACACAGAGCGCCUACUUUGUCUUCCAGGUCGUGCAGGUGUUCUUGGUGACAACCCUGACAUCUGCUGCAUCUGCUGCGACAACACAGAUUAUCAAGAAUCCUCUUUCGGCAAAGGAUCUCCUGGCGCAGAAUUUGCCCAAAGCCACCAAUUUCUACAUCUCUUACUUCUUGCUCCAGGGAUUGAGUUUGAGCUCAAUGGCACUCGUACAGAUUGCGAGUGCCCUAGUGUUCAAAUUUAUCACCACUUUUUUCGCCUAUUCGCCGCGCCGUCUUUAUCAGAAAUGGGCUCAGCUCGUUACUCUGAGCUGGGGCAAUGUUUUCCCUGUUUUCACCAAUAUGGGUGUGAUCGCAUUAACUUACUCCUGUAUCGCGCCGUUGAUUCUGGGCUUUGCUUUCAUCGGCCUGUACCUUGUCUACCAGGCCUACCGAUAUAACUUUUUCUUCGUUUACGAUAUCGAGAUUGAUACCAAGGGACUGGUCUAUCCACGCGCGUUGCAGCACCUGUUGACUGGUCUCUACCUCGCUGAAGUCUGUAUGAUCGGCCUGUUUGCCAUCAAAAGUGCGAUCGGCCCGGUUAUUAUUAUGGUCCUCUUCCUCAUUGGCAUCGUCUUGGCCCACAUCUCCCUUAACGAAGCUCUCGCCCCGCUGAACACAUUCCUGCCUCGGUCUCUCGACGCCGAAGAGGAGCUUCUUCUGGACAAGGAGGAUGCCCAGGCCGAAAUCAACGAGAUCAAUGCCCAGCGCCGCUCGCGAAUCUUGGCAUUUUGGAAAUGGUUCCACCCGAACAUGUACAAAGAUUUUGCGGCGAUGCGUCGAAAAGUGCGACGCAACGUUGCCGCGGUCGAUUACACUGAAGAAGAGAUGCGCACGGCCUAUUUUGAGCCCAGCGUAGCGUCUCCCAAUCCUACUCUUUGGAUCCCCCGUGACAGGUGGGGAUUUAGUCGGCAUGAGAUUAUGGAGACAGAUCCUGCCAUUCAAAUCACGGACGAAGGAGCCCACCUCAACGAGAAAAACAAAAUCGUGUGGGACAAAUACGAUCCCCAUCUUCCGCUGCGAGAACGGAAGACGCUGUAUUGA